AUGAAGUUCACGACUGCUUUCUGUGCCAUUGUCCUUGGCGCCAGCACCGCCUCGGCUCUCCCGGCGCCGGUCGACUUGGGCGAUGGAGUCACCCUGGUCGCUCGCGAGCCCAGCAUGCAAGCCCGCCGCGCGACACGGAAGUCCAACCCCAGGAUUGCCGCCGAAGCCUCGAUCGACGGCAUCACCAACAACUCCAACGUCGAGUACAGCUCCAACUGGGCCGGCGCCGUGCUCAUCGGAUCCGGCUACAAGUCGGUCACUGCGACCAUCAUUGUGCCCACCCCGCAGAAGCCAUCGGGCGGAAGCUCCACCACCCAGUACGCCGCAUCGGCGUGGGUGGGCAUUGACGGAGACACGUGCCAGACGGCCAUCUUGCAGACGGGCGUCGACUUUUACGUGCGCGGCACCACGGUCAGCUUCGACGCCUGGUACGAGUGGUAUCCCGACUAUGCCUACACCUUCUCGGGCUUCGCCGUCAGCGCCGGCGACAGCAUCACCAUGACGGCCACGGCGUCGUCAACCAGUGCCGGCUCUGUGACCCUCACGAACAACACCAAGCACAAGACGGUCACGCACUCGUUCAGCGGCGAGACCGACCAGCUCUGCGAGACCAAUGCCGAGUGGAUCGUGGAAGAUUUCUCCAGCGGCAGCUCUCUGGUGCCUUUUGCCAACUUUGGCACCGUCACCUUCACGGGCUCGUCAGUCACCACCACGUCGGGCAGCACCAUCGGCGUCACGGGCUCCACCAUUUUCGACAUCAAGCAGAACAACGUAGUCCUGACCAACUGCUCCACGUCGGGCUCGUCGACGGUCACGUGCACCUAUGUCUAA